GGAGGAUAGACCCACCUUACACAAAAAGAAAACAAGGUGAUCACGAAAAAGAAUUCAUAAUGGCUGUUCAGAAAGUUAGUUUCCUCGCUCACCUACUUGUUCUUGGAAUGUUUCUAGUUGUUAGCAUGGUGGAACAUGCCAAGGGUUAUACCAAAGAAUGCGGUAAUCUUGGCUAUGGGAUAUGCCCACGUUCAGAAGGAAGUCCGGAAAAUCCCAUAUGCACCAAUUGUUGCUCAGGCUAUAAGGGUUGCAACUAUUACAAUGCUAACGGAACUUUUAUUUGUGAAGGAAAAUCUGACCCUAAAAACCCAAAUUCUUGUCCCAGGAAUUGUGAUCCACAAAUUGCUUAUUCAAAAUGUCCCCGUUCAGAAGGAAAGACGAUAAUUUAUCCCACCGGAUGCACCACUUGUUGCACGGGAUACAAGGGUUGCUACUAUUUCGGUCAAGAUGGCGAUUUUGUCUGUGAAGGAGAGAGUACUGAACCCAAGGCUUGUACUCUGGAAUGUGACCCUAGAGUUGCUGACAUGACUUGCCCAUCAUCUGGAUUGGCCAAGCUUAAUCAAGUUUGCGUCAACUGUUGCACUGCAGGAGAGGGUUGCAAACUUUAUGGUCAUGAUGGAUCUUUACUUUGUACCGGGGAGCCUCAAAGCUAUAACUCCGCAGCAUAAGGCACCUGCUUAUUUCUAAUCAAUAAUUUAUUGUAUGGCUAUUAAUGCAUGAAAUAAAAGCAUGACGAUAUAUGCAAUCAGGUCAUGCUAAUCUCUGUGAUGUGGGCAUUAAAGUUGUUUUCCACAAAGGUGUUCAAGGGUUUAAUGAAGCAC